ACAAAAAGUGAUAUAGAAACUUGUAAGUACGAGUUAAUAAACCAAUUUAUAAUCAUAGCUGUAGCAAUGGCAUCCCCAAUUGAAAUGGAGACCGAUGUAACUCCAAGCUCGGCCAUCAUGCCUCUCAACAGCGCCCCGAACGAAGUUUUGGCCGCAGAAUCUCAGAAUAAGUCCAGUGCCAGGGACGAUUAUUGUGGUCCCUUCUGCUUUGAAAUUGAUGCUCACGAGGAUCUGCUGAAGGACAAAGUUCGCACGGAAGCAUACCAAGCCGCUAUAUAUCAAAAUAGGCAUCUGUUUGAAGGCAAGAUUGUGUUAGAUAUUGGCUGUGGCACCGGCAUACUGUCAAUGUUUGCUGCAGAGGCCGGUGCGGCAAAAGUAAUUGCCGUGGACAUGGCCAAAAUGGUUCACAUGACAAAACAAAUUGUAGAAAAUAACAAUUUUCAGGAUAUAAUAACGGUCAUUAAAGGAAAAAUCGAGAAUAUUGAACUGCCCGCUGGCAUUCAAAGUGUAGACAUAAUAGUGUCCGAAUGGAUGGGGUUCGGCCUUUUUCACGAGUCGUCCGUGCUUGCCUCUGUGCUGUAUGCACGAGACAAGUGGCUAAAGCCCAACGGAAUCAUUUUCCCAGACAGAUGCACGCUCUAUAUUGCUGCAAUCGAGGAACGCACUUCCAAGGAAAGUAGGAUCGACUUCUGGGAAAAUGUUUACGGCUUCACAAUGAGCUGCAUGCGCAAAUUUGCACUGAAAGAGCCGGACUUUGAUUGUGUUGACCCCAAGCAAGUGGUGUCCACCGACUGCUUGAUCAAAGAAGUAGACCUGUACACGGCGCAGAAGGCCGAUCUCAUCUUUUCGGCCAAGUUCAAUCUAAGCAUCAACCGAAAUGACUAUGUGCAUGCGCUAAUUACGUACUUCAAUGUCGAAUUUACCAAGUGCCGGCAGCGCGUUGGCUUCAGCACAUCGCCCUUUUCGCCCUGCACUCAUUGGGCGCAAACGGUUUUGUAUUUAGAUCAUGAAAUCAUUGCUAAAAAAGGUGAUACGCUGACGGGAACUCUUCAAAUGAAACCCAACGCGCGCAUCAAGCGAGACAUUGACUUGGCUAUAGAAAUCAAUUUCAAGGGUGAAAUUACCGAAGUUGACGAAGUGAACACCUACCACAUGCGUCACAUCUAAACGUUAAUUCCAUCCAGCCUACAAAAAUCUGGAAAAAAAACCAUUUUAUAUAUUAACUUAUCCUUUUUUGUAGCUCAACGAAAUGACAUCAAUAUCAGGUUAAACUCUUGGGCUAAAUUUAAAUGCCAGAUGCAAUUCUUGUUUGUUGUUAAAACACAGUAUCAAGUUUAGUUUUAACUUUUCAUAUGUUUAUAUGUUCCUCAAUUAAAGCGUAAUACUGA